CCCAACUCCGGGGGAAGGAAACCGAGAAGGCUACGCAUAACCACAGGACGGCUGUGAUUACGAGCAAACCGCGGUCAGAGGGCGGACGUACGUCGCCGGACAUAAAACAACUUGCUUCCCCGGACAGAUCUGAGUGAAGUGAACACUUCGGAGGUGUUCUUCGAGGACGCGGGUUGGGUUGGUUGGCCGGUUCACCGUAACGUCAGAGAAACAUGCCCGUCUCUCUCUGGAUGCGCGGGGGGAUCUAACCGAGGCAUGGCCGCGGACGUGAGGAAAAGAUCGAGUCCGGAGAAAGGAGCCGUGGCCUCGGACGGCGAACAUGUGGGAAACACGACCGGAGAAGACGGUGCCCGGUCCCAAGGGUUCGCCCGCUCGCGGUUUUGCGGACUACUCCCCAAACUGCUCAUUAUCGCGGCGGUUCCCAUCGUAGCCUUCGCCUUCAAAUAUUACCAAGACGGGCAGCUUCUGAAGCGACAUGAAUCGGGCCUCCGAACGCUCGGAACUGAAGGCCUCUUCCUCUUCUCCUCUUUGGACACGGACCAUGACCUUUACCUCAGCCCGGAGGAGUUCAAACCCAUCGUAGAGAAACUCACAGGUAUCUCCCCUCCAGGGGAGUUUGAGGAGGAGGUCCCCCAGGACCCCAACGGGGAGACGCUGACCGUUGAGGCCAAGAUGCAGCCUCUCCUGCUGGAGACCAUGACCAAGAGCAAGGACGGAUUCCUGGGGGUUACCCACAGUUCCCUGAGCGGCCUGCGCUCCUGGAGGGGCCCCGCCGUGCCCUCCUCCGUCUUCUUCGCCGGCCAGUUCCGCGGCUUCCUGCCGCCCAAGAACAAGCUGGAGGUGGGGGACCCCUGGUGGCUGGUGCCCAGCGAGCUCAACAUCUUCACGGGGUACCUCCCCAACAACCGCUACAACCCCCCGACCCCCAGGGGCAAAGAGGUCAUCCUGCACUCCCUGCUCAGCAUGCUGCACCCCCGCCCAUUCAUAAAAUCCCGCUUCGCCCCCCAGGGGGCGGUGGCCUGCAUCCGCGCCAUCAGCGACUUCUAUUAUGACAUCAUCUUCAGGAUCCAUGCCGAGUUCCAGCUGAACGAGGUCCCAAACUUCCCCUUCUGGUUCACCCCCGGCCAGUUUACCGGAAACAUCGUCCUGUCCCACGACUCCUCGCACGUGCGCGAGUUCCACCUCUACGUCCCCAACAACAGGUCUCUGAAUGUGGACAUGGAGUGGCUCUACGGGGCCAGUGAGGGCAGUAAUAUGGAGGUGGACAUCGGCUACCUGCCGCAGAUGGAGCUGCAGGCCUCUGGCCCCUCCGUUCCCUCCUUCAUCCAGGACGAGGAGGGGAACGUCAUCGACAGCCGGGGGGGGGAGGGCGACCCCAUCCAGUUUGUGUUUGAGGAGAUUCACUGGAAGAGUGAGAUCAGCCAGGGGGAAGCAGCUCGCCGUUUGGAGCUCACGCUGUACCCCUUCAAAAAGGUGGCCUACCUGCCGUUCUCGGAGGCCUUCCGCAGGGCCCGGGAGGAGAAGAAGCUGGUGCACUCCAUCCUCCUGUGGGGGGCGCUAGACGACCAGUCCUGCUGAGGUUCCGGGCGGACUCUCCGGGAGACAGUCCUGGAAAGUUCGCCCGUUCUGACUCUGCUCAAUCAGAGCUUCAUCAGCAGCUGGUCUCUGGUCAAGGAGCUGGAGGAAAUGCAGGCUGACGUCAGUAACCCCGCCCUGAGUAGCAUUGCCGCGCUGCACCUGCAGAAGUACAACUUCCCCGUGGAGAUGAUGCUGUCACUGCCCAACGGCACCGUGAUCCACCACAUCAACGCCAACUACUUCCUGGACCAGACGGCCAUGAAGCCGGAGGAGGAGGCGGACAGUACCAUGUUCAGCUUCUCGGGGGGGUUUGAGGACCCCUCCACCGCCACGUACAUCCGCUUCCUGCGGGAGGGGCUGGAGAAGGCCAGAGAGCACCUGGCGUAGCGAGGAGGGGGAGCGGGAAAGCCGGAGCGCGUUCGGGAACGUCGGAAUGUGUGCGGGAAUUCCGGAAUGUGUGCGGGAAUUCCGGAAUGUGUGCGGGAACGCCGGAAUGUGUGCGGGAAGGGGGGGGUGGUUAUCUGCCACGGUCGCUCCACUGUGUGUCGGUAAACGCAACUGGAAAAAACCUCCAAACACAUUUUCCACAAUAGUUCAGUGCAACUGUCACAUCCAACGGCGUCGCUGACUAUUCUCUGCUUGCCCAGUCUCAUGUUCUGCAUUACAGUCGGAUUGCAUCAGCAUCCAAACGGCUUUCUCCACGAGGGAAUGCGUAACAUCUGUCAGUGUUCCCCCCCCCCUCUCUAAUGCAGUACAUUGAUGGCUGGGAUUCAACGUGUUGACUAACACUGACUAACAGGCAAAAGCAAAGAAUUAUCACGUCUGAAGAUGAACUGUUAUCCUAUACCUGCGUUUACUUGCGAGUCAAAUUUAAGGACGGAGGUUUUCUCUUUUUUUUGCGAGGUUAUGUUCCCUCGCGGUGACACACAGUGGAGAGGCUCGGUACAGAUUUAUUACUGAGCGUCUAUAAGUCAGGGGGUUUGUGGGUUCGUCGCCGUUAUUUUUAGCCGGCGAAACGUGCGUUAAUAUGGCUGAAAGGGGUGUGGAAAGUUUAGAAGCGUGGUUCACAGGUCGGGUUGUGGAUGAACUGGCCACGGAUUCGCCAGCUCGUACAGGUGAGGCCCACAGCAUUAGCUCUGGGGGGCUCUGUUAAGGGAGGCGUUAGCAUAGCCUCCACCGCUAACCUUUUACCUAAAAAUUAUGCCAAAAAAGCAAAGACUGCACUGCAAAAAUAUCAAUCUUUAUAUAUUUUUUGUAUUCUUGUCUGUCGUGCAAUACGUAAGCUCCUGAAAGGCUUUUUUUGAAAUGCUGUUUUUCAUGUAAAAAAAUGCAGUUUUCCAAUGGAUGUCACUUCUACACAUUGUCCACUAGGGGCAGGGUGGAGGCGAGUGCUGUUUCCUGGGCUUCGGUGCUUUGUGAGGGCCUGGUCUGAAAGCUCUGAUUGGGCAAGGCAAGGCCUGAUGUCAUCACUGAGUGUCCCAAAAAACAGACUUGUGGCCCUAACCCUGUCCCAUGCGGGUGUAGGGGGUGGGUGGGUAUAGAGUGGGGUGGGACAGCAGUCCUGAAAGACAUACACACACACACACACACACACACACACUAGUUGACAGCAGGGUUGGCAGUGGCAGGUUUUGCUGAGGUCACAGAAACGGUUCCAUUUGCGAGCACCAGCUUGAACUGCCCAACAGGUACCAUGACUUCGAGUUCAGUAACAACAAAGAUAUUGUUGUAUAUGCCAAUCAAGAUGGUCAACCCCUGUAUCCCUUCCAUCACACCUUUUUCUUAACAACAGGAGGUUCGGGCUGCUAACAGCGGUUUCCAGGGUUUUCUCAACGUCUUUUGAUGUUGUUCUUCGUUACACCCUUUACUGGUGAUUUUUCAGCAAGCCCAUUGAAUUGGAAUGUUAAACAAAAACGAGAUAGAACUCUAAAUAUUACGAAUGUUAAGUUGAGUAUCUUCUUGGUCUGUAAUGUCUUUGAUUUGGGCUUUUCCAUUACAAUACCUUACCUUCAGGCAUUUAGCAGACAUCAGCAGACAAUCCUUUCCAGAGGGACUUACACUGCUUACAUUCUUCAUAUACAGUCAGAUAUUUUGUGAUGCGAUGCAGGUCCCUGGCUCAUGGUUACGACUGCAGUGCCCCAGCUGGGAGUCAAACCCGCAACCCUCAGAGUCACAACCUCAGUUCCCUAAACAUUACACUGCACUGCCACCCAUUAACCCAUGCCUGAGCCAGCGGGACAGCAUCUCCUGCUUAAUGGAAGGGGUCCGACGAGGAGCCGCCUCUGAUUGGAUGUUUUUUUUCCCCCCCUGAUUGGUCAGGCUCAGGCAAUGAAACAGGAACAGGGAAAUGGUUUUGUGUGGUGCUGUAAGAGAGUCCUUCUGAAAUGCACUCGGGCAGAGCAGGUGUCCCAGUUUCAGGUGGUGUUGGGGAGAACCCCUCUGCGCCCCGUCUGCCCUGCGUUAGCUGCUCACUUUUAGGAUGUAAACCAAAAUGUCAGGAACCUGCCGCAGUGAAACCUGCCUGUCUAACCACUGGCCACAGAGAACAGCCCAAAAUAAAGUGAUCUCUUUUUAAAAACAAAA